AUGACUUCGUUAUUGAAGCGCAAAAGAGCCCCGGUGGAAGUUCUCGAUACGCCCAAACGAUCGAAAUCCGUAAAAACGAAAUCAGGAACGCCGCUACGAAGUACGAUCCAGAAUCAAGGCUGGGAGGCAGCUCUCGACCCACCAAGCGCAACUGGGAAGGCAUUAGUGAAGAGUGAGAAGGCAAACGGUGUGAAGGGGUCAAAUGAACAGUUGGGGUCUCCAGAGCUCAUCGAUAAUGAAACUAUCAAGGGCAAAGGCAAGGGCUCCAAGGGCAAUGUGGGGGAAGUGCCAGGCUCAGGGAAAAAGAGGAGGAAGAGGAAGCAACAUGGGGAAAAGAGCGCCACAGAGCAAGUGAUGAAGGAUAAGAAGAAGAGUCAUCCAGAGUCAGCUCCGGUCAUCAAGCCCAUCAAGAAGACAGAUAUCAAGCCGGCCAAAAGGAACGCACUCGAGCCGUGGAAAUUGUCUGCGCCUAUUGGGGGCCGCAUGGUCAAUGCGGAUCCCGUCUUCAGCAAGGAUGAAAAAUUUCUGAUUGUUGCACAUCUGGGUACCAUUCAGGUCUUCUCGACUGCCGACUCACUUCUCACUCGAUCGAUUAAGCUCAAGCUCAAUGAGGCGGCCGACAUCCUCCCGCGGAUCAUUGCAUUCUGCCUUUCGCCGACCGAUGAGGAUAUUCUAUGGGUUGCAUGCUCGGAUGGAUCGAUCUACAGUAUAGACUGGACUUCAGGGGUUGGCGCCGAACAGUACUGGGGCGUUUCUUCGACAGGGUGCAUUCACAUGACCGUAGCCUCUAUGGACUCGGCAGACCGAAGACGAGAUGUGAUAUUUACGACUGAGGCCCGCAAAGAUGGAGGAUUCCGAAUAACUGCGAACGAGUUAGCUCCACCGAACAGCGAAGUCAAGACCGUAGCCAGGACAAUCUAUACAUCCAACCAGCGGAUCCACUUUUUGAAGACGGCGAAAGAAGGAUCAAUCAUCGUAGCAAUUUCUGGAAACAAGGCUUUGGUAGGUCGACUUCGAUCGACCGAGUACGAUACCCUCGACAGGAUCCGAUACGAGUUCAGGAUAUUCGAAUCCACGGAAACGAUCAAGUCCCUGGAUAUUCGAGUCACCACGAGAACAGCAACGGAAGGAAUGAAUAAGAAAUUCAAGAACAUGUUGGUUGUGGCCUUAGCGAUUGGGGAUGUGAAGGGCGUUGUGUACCUGCACAGCGAUAUCCUCGCAAAGCUGUUUGCUGAUGGGGUUGCGUCCGGAAUGAGUCUGGCUCCACGGAAGAUGCACUGGCAUCGACAAGCAGUACAUACGGUCAAAUGGUCUCUUGAUGGUAACUAUGUCAUUUCUGGUGGCACUGAGACUGUUCUUGUCCUGUGGCAACUCGACACUGGAAAGCAGCAAUUCUUGCCUCAUAUGGCUGCAACCAUACAGAAUGUAGUUGUUUCGCCUACUGGGACUUCGUAUGGUGUCCAGCUCGCGGACAAUUCAGCCAUGGUGCUUUCCACAUCUGAGCUCAAGCCAACCGUUAACAUUUCUGGGAUUCAAACCUGUGUGGUCGAGUCUGAGCCUUCCGUUGAAUCUCAGGUGGAAAGACUCGAGGAAGCCACCUGGAAUCAACCUCUGAUACAACGCACUCCUGCUGUUAUCCUCCCAACCAACACCUCACGGCUUCUCCUUGGGGUUGGACAAACACAGGAAAUCCGCGCCAAGAGGCCGGCGGUCACCAGUAGCCCCUUUCUUCAAACCCUCGACCUUGGAUCUGGUCACAACGUAACUCGCCAAGCUCUGGCGAGAACUAACAUCACAAGCGUAAAUGCGGCUCCAGGUCUCCAGCGGAUAACAGAGCCGAGAAUCACCCACAUGAAGAUUUCGCACGACGGAGAAUGGCUUGCGACGAUCGACGAAUGGGCACCUCCGGCGCGGGAUUUGCAGUUAUCGAGACGUCGGGACAAGGAACUUGCAAACGAACGCCAAACAAAUCGAGAAGUUUUCCUCAAGUUUUGGCAGUGGUGUCAAGCAAGCGAGACGUGGGAACUUGUGACCAGAAUCGACUCUCCACACUCCGAUGGUUCCGAUUUGGGGAAUGCUGGGAUGAUCGUAGAUCUCGCUGUGGAUCCAAGCUCCUUGCGUUUCUCCACCAUCGGCGAGGAUGGCGUUGUUCGCGUAUGGGCUACGAAGACCCGAAAGCGAAAUGAAAUAGUCGUCCGCGGUAAAGACAACAAACCGCUUCGGAACUGGAACUGCGAGCUCGCAAUUUCACUCGGCAAAGCGGAACUUCCAGACGGAACCGACACGACGUGUGACCCUUGUGGAUGCGUUGCAUUUUCGGAGGACGGAUCAAUCCUAGCCGUCGCCUGCAAUAACAACGACGGACUAGUGCAUUUCCUAGACCCAGACACUGGCGAUAUCCGCCUCUCCCAGACCGGACUCUUCGAAGACGAGAUCAUCGCCAUGGAAUUCCUCGGUCAAGAUCUGCUCACACUUUCAGAUAAACUUAUCGUUUUCGACCUCGUGUCUGGAGAAGCCCGCCUCAUCAUCAAAGCCCACGCUGCCACAAAAUCCCUAUCUACCAGGCAGAAACAAGAAAUGAUGCACCUAGCCGUCGACCCUAAAAGCCGUAAUUUUGCCGUCGCGCUUCCAAGUAUCCGAGAUCCAGGAUCUUUGCGCACUGCAAGUUCGGAACUGGUUGUCUUUCACCAAGAUACCCGUGACCCGCAAUUAAAAGAGGUAUUUCAAACGCUCAUCACAGCGCUCCUCCCAGCUCUCGGUACGGAGGGCUUCCUGGUGCUUGACACAGCGGCCGAAAUCCAUACCGUUCUGAAGAAGGGCACUCAGGGCGUCACGAUGCUUGCUCAAUCUACAUCCGCCCUCCAACUCGACGCCCUUGAAAACACGACUACGGAAGCCAUGCGCAUUGACGAAGAUGCCGAUCUUUUAGACGCAGAGGAAUACCCUACACCUGCCCCCACCCAAGACGGAGAAGCAGGAAUGGAAGAGGAAGACAACGAGACGCCGGUCGUCGCGCAGCAAAAACUGGCGGAGAUCUUUAAUAUCGGGCCGGCAUUUGCACUGCCCCCGAUGGAGGAGAUGUUUUACCAGGUUGCGGACCUAUUUUCCAGCAAGCCAGUGCGCAAGGCUGCAGCGUAA